AUUGCAACUACGCGUAGUCCCAGUGACGUAAAUUUAACCUACAUUUUUUAGGAGUUUUCGGGUAUCUGUCAUGUUCAGCCCAUUUUAACCUAAUUUUAUAGUUUUGACUACACUUUUCCUAUGCUCAAAAUACUUUUCCAUCACGAAACAAAAAGAAAACGCAGCGAGAAAUGGAGCAGUUACUGGCGCAUUACACGGAAAAGUUUACGAAAAUAGACGGAAACAUAUUCGAAGUAUUCUCCCAGUUUUACAGUUUGGACUUAUCGGAGAUCGAAAAUUGGCUCGAGGUGCAGUUUAAAACUAAAACGUUGAAAAACGACAAGUUAUCAACAGUGUACAGGCAAGAAGGUAACAAGUGCUAUGCUCGUAAGGAUCGGUUGAAGAGUUUGGAGUUUUAUACGAAGAGCUUGUGUUCAGCCACGACAAAUGGAAAGGAGUAUGGGCUGGCGUUGGCCAAUAGAUCCGCUGUUUCUUUUGAAAUGGGAGAAUAUGAGAACUGUGUUAGGGACAUUGAUUUGUGUUUUGAAACCAACUACCCUAAAGACUUGAAACCCAAGAUUUACAUUAGAAAGGCUGAGUGUUAUAUUUUUUUGGGACAGAAGGAAAAUUUAAAGGAAUGUAUUAAUGCAAUGCAGGAUUUUGUGGUGAAAGAAAACAUUUCUGGGAAAGACAAAUAUUUAUCCAAAAUCGAGCAAUUUAAAAAAUCAAAAAAUCUUCCAACAACAAAUUUUAAUUCGGAAACAUCACACGAAGUUCCAAAGUUGGCUGAUGGCGAAAAUCCAAAUUUCGCCUCUGCAUCAUCAAAAAUUAAAAUAAGUUACGAACAAUCAAAAGGCCGACACGUGACAGCAAGCAAAAAUAUUAAAAAAGGCGACGUGUUAUUUGUUGAGAAAGCAUUUAUUUUUGCUCCAGUGUUUAAAGAGAAUAAAGAACUGUACCCUUUCAAAUGUUACAACUGCCUCAAGGAUACACUUAGCUGUAUACCUUGUCAAUCAUGCACACUGUGUUUUUACUGUAACGAAUCGUGUCGGGUGUGUUCGUGGAACGAGUGCCACAAGUGGGAGUGCCAAGGCAUGCAAACGAACAUUUGGCACGAUUUGGGCAUCGGUUUUCCCGCCUUUAAAGCGAUGCUGAAAGGCGUCAAAUCGGGCUUUCGAAACAUCAAGGGCAACCAUGAGGAGGAUUUGAGGUGUUUUGGAAGCACCGACGAUAAUUAUCCAUACUUUAAUCGCCUUGUGUCCAACAUUUACCGGAGCAAAAAUGUCGUACCAUAUAUUGUGAUGUCUGCGGUGGUGGUUGUCUACCUGAAGAAGUACACGGACUUCUUCGUGGAGCUGCUGAAAGAGCCGAAAUGUCCAAAACGCGACUCCGACGAUCUGGUGCGGUAUGUGGGGGGGCUGAUAACGAAGCACACCGCGCAGCUCAGCUGCAACUCCUCCAUCGUGGAACAUUGGACCUACUCCACGUCGGACAUGCUCUUCCCCGACAUCCUCAUCACUGUCGCGUGCGGCAUCUUCCCAUCCGUUAGUAUUAUGAAUCACUCGUGCAGACCCAACGUAACCAAUUUUUUUAUCUGUGAUACAAUAGUUGUUAAGGCUUUGGAAGAUAUAGAAGAAGAGGAGGAAAUCUUCAAUUGUUACGGUAUAGAUUACCGUGGUAUGAACCGGGAAUAUCGACAAAUAGCUUGUAGAAACAUUUACCAUUUCGAAUGUAAAUGCGUCAUAUGUUCUGAUCCAGCUAAAGAAGUGGACAUGUUGGAUAGUUAUUUGUGUCCUGAAUGCAAAGGCUUGAUACCGGAAGUGCAGAAGUCCUCGGUUAGCUACUGCGUCAAUUGCGGAGAAAAAUAUAUGCUCAAAAUAUUCAGGAUUAUCAAUGAUCAAGCUCAAAAAUAUCUUGAAAAUGAUGAUGUCAAUCAGCUGGAAUUGCUUGUACAGUGUCUUAAAAUAAGGGAGCAGAUUCUCUAUAAGCACCAUAAAGACUUUGAGGAGGUUUAUUACAGGCUUUACAGUUACUACGUUGAAAACUGCGAUGCCGAGAAUAUGUUCAAAUACUUUCAUUUGUGGCUUACCAAUGAAAAGGCCAGAAGAGGCGACAAUUCCAGAGGAAUUGGCACCAAGCUCUAUGAAGCAGCCCUGGCCAUUUUACACUGCUUACAAAAUGGCCAUCCAAAACAUUGCAAUUUGAAGGACUUUCUUCAAAACGUAGAGUGUAUGAUUAAAGAAGCGAAACUAGUUUUAAAUCUGUAUUAUCCAGCUCACAUAACAAACAGGUUAAGUGCUAAAAUACAAUAUAUUUCUCAUAAAUAAUUUUUAUAAAAAUAAACGAUUCUACUAACCGU